UCCUUUCCACCCGCGCCUUCAACCUUCGAAGCACCUUGCCCAAAAAAAUCCAUGGCUGCCAAGAUCACCUCAUGCUUUGUUUUCCUAAAGGAAGCGCUGAUCCUUCCCACGCUAAACCCCAAGUUGUUCGCCCCCGUGGUCCUCCUCUUUGCCGUCACCGCCUUCCUUGACUCCUUGGUCGAUGACGUCUUCUUCCAGCCUCUCGUCGACGACAUGGGCAGCCGUCACAUCGCGGUCAACAACACCGACACCUUGAGCGCCACCGAGUACAGCAAGCUCACGGAGGAGACAGAGCCAGGCGGUACAAAGCUCAUCCUCAUCACCUUCUCCGAGGUGAUCGUCAACCUGGCGGUCGGCUACGUCAAGCAGAUCCUCGCCCUCUUCGCGGCCUCCACGACCUACUCCGGCGACCGCUACUCGCUGGCCGAGCUCCUGCGCCCGUUGGUCAACGGGAGGAUCAGCCUGAAGGGCCCUUCCGUCACCAUCGCCGUCGUCGGGGCCGUUGACUUCGCAUUGGCGGUCCCGUACGCGCUGCCUCAUUACGUGAUGCACGGCCGCUCGGGGGUGCUCUCCGUCCAGGGUCUCGUCUCCCACCUCGCGAACCUCGGCUCCCUCUGCUUCACCGUCGUCGCGCUGGUGGGCGUCGCCGCAUCGGCAGUCGACAGGAAGUGCCGCGGCGUGCGCGCGCUCCGGCAGGCGUGGCGGCUCGUGACGCGUGUCAGGAGGAAGGAGGGACUCGUGCUGGUGCUCGUGGCAUACCUCGGGCCUACCGUUGUGGCUCCACUGCACGGGUUCGCUCUUGGGUAUGCCAAGAAGAGCACGGCGGCGUGCUUGUGCUUGCUGGCGGUGUGUGCUCUUCUUUCUGGCGCGCAGGAGCUGUUCUCUUUGGCGGCGGCCACGGUGUACUACUACCAAGCCAUGGAGAGCAAGGAGGUGAUCGAUGCCUUGUGGUUAUGCUAACAUUAGAUUUCGUUCUGGGAGGAAAUGCACGACUCUCAUUUCUUUUA